AUGUCUCGUCGGCUGCGGUUGGAGCUUGCCGCUGGAAAGCUGGUGUUGGUGGCUGCCAUCGACGAAAAAGAACAAAAGCGAAAGGAGAAAGGAGGAGGAAUUAAGAAGAAGAAGAAGAAAAAGGCUUUUCCAGGAGAGGGAUUUCAUCCAACACAUGAAGAAUGCGUUGGGUAUGCGGACUUAAAAAAUAAAAACGAAGAAUUUGAAAUCCCUCAUAUCAAAGUUGUCGACGCAUUAGAUAUUAAUGACAAACACAUCAUUCAAACUGCAGAAGAGGAUCUCAAAGCUGGUGCAAAAAAAGAGUGGUUUUAUUUUUAUAAGAAAACUACGCGUAAGAAGAAUCAAAGGCAGUGGUCGGUCAGAAAAUCUGAAAAUGGUAGUUGGAAGGCUAAUGCGAGUCCGGUGAAAAUCCGUGGAAGAGACGGCGUUAUAGGCAUUAAGAGGACUUUGGAAUAUAGAAAAAAGGGAGGUGACCGUACUGAUUGGAAAUUGACAGAAUAUUAUGGAGAGGCUGAAUUAAUGUUUAGAAAACAUCCCGCAAAAGUUCCUGAUACUUAUUCCAGCUGGGUAAUAUGCAAGCUUUACAAAACCAAUAGGCGUACACCUUUCACUACUAAUCUGAAUGAGAAUGAUGAUCAUUCUCAGUCGACUAACCCUGAUCAAUACCCUAGUGAUCAGAAUGUGAAUGAUCAUCAGUCUCAGUCUCAGCCUAAUCAGUACACUAGUAGUGAUCAAAAUGUGAAUGAUCAUUCUCAGUCGACUAACCCUGAUCAAUACCCUAGUGAUCAGAAUGUGAAUGAUCAUCAGUCUCAGUCUCAGCCUAAUCAGUACACUAGUAGUGAUCAAAAUGUGAAUGAUCAUCAGUCUCACUCUGAGCCUAAUCAAUACACUAGUAGUGAUCAAAAUGUGAAUGAUCAUCAGUCUCACUCUCAGCCUGAUCAGCGUCAGCUACCACAGAAAAUAGCCGCGGAUAUGGAUCUUGAGUCUUGGGAUCUAAUUGUGUCUUGGUUAUUUAGUGAUUCUUAUUAGAAUACCGAAUGAUUAAAGAAUUUGAAGCUCCAACUUAUAAGUUCAUACAUUAAUAGGAAUGUUAACUCUAUACAUAUUCUGUUGUACGUUAUUUGUUUUCUUUUUUAAUUUUCCUUGUACGUUUGAAAGGGUGUGUCUUAUAAAUUGGAAGAGCUAUAUACCUUGUCAUUCUGCAGACAAGAUAUAUAUA